CAAACAGUACCAUGAAGAAGCCUUAGUUUCCGAUUUCGGGCACUUGGUUGUCCUCUUCACGGAGUAAAAAGAGGCGAGAAAACAUGUAUAGAUUACCGGAAGGAGAGAGGAACAUAACCAUAUUAAGCGGGAAUGAAGAGGGUGAACGGUCCUUGAGCUCCACGAAACUUCAGCCCGGCAAAGCCAGGACAAAGUCGAUCCACCCACCCAUCGAGUCUCACUAUGUUCUCGCCCCGAGUCAGGAGAAGAAGCAACCUUCAUCGAUGAGUUCCAGCAUGAAGUCGAUGCUGACUACCUACCCGCUCAGGCUGAGGGAGUCUAUGAAGAAGAUCGGGAAGAGCCAGAGCAUGAAAGUGGUUCUUGAGGGUGUUCACGAGACCAAGGACGAGCAGUUGGUCGAGUCUUUCAGGGAGCUGCUCUUCCUCGAGGGGCAUCUUAUCGGGAAGCACAAUGACUAUCAUACGCUCCUAAGGUUCCUUAGAAUGAGGGACUUCGAUUUCUCGAAGGCAAAAGAGAUGUUUCUUAAUUAUCUCAAAUGGCGAGAGGACUACUGCGUUGAUGCUAUUCCCAAGGAGUUUAAGUUUGAGGAGCAGGCAGAGGUGAAGAAAUGUUACCCUCACGGGUUUCACGGAGUCGAUAAGUGGGGCAGGCCGGUGUACAUCGAACGGGUUGGAAUGGUGGAUCUCAAUGCUCUUUUACAAGUGACCACGAUCGAACGGUUUGUGAAGUACCAUGUAGCAGAACAAGAAAAGACCCUGAACCUGAGGUACCCUGCAUGCUCCAUCGCAGCAAAGAGGCACAUUGCGUCCACGACAACCAUUUUAGAUGUCAAGGGAGUGGGAAUGUCGAAUUUCUCAAAACCUGCAAGGUUUCUGUUCAUGGAGAUUCAAAAGAUCGAUAGCAGUUACUAUCCGGAGACUCUAAAUCGACUCUUCAUUGUUAAUGCGGCAUCGGGGUUCAGGAUGCUGUGGAGGGCACUGAAGGCAUUUCUUGAUGCACGAACAUUAGCUAAAAUUCAAGUGCUAGGCAGUAAUUAUCACAGUGAACUCCUUGAAGAUAUUGAUCCAAGUAAUUUGCCGAGCUUUCUAGGAGGAAACUGCACAUGUUCCGAUUACGGAGGUUGCCUGUUAAGCGACAAGGGGCCGUGGAAUAACCCCGACAUCACAGAAAUGCUCGAGGCCAUGUCGUUGAGAGAAGAAGAAAAUGGCAAUGGAGAAGACCUCGGCAUGGUUCCGGAAAAUAACUCUGGUCCUUCUUCGGAAGAAAUGAUAAAGCACGAAUAUUUGGAACUUGUUCGGAGAAAGUACGGUGAAAAGUUCCAAGCCUUGGCAGAUGCCCUCGGUGAUAUGAAAACAAAAAUCGAAGCUCUGGAUGCUGUACUCAAGAAUACGAAGACGGUUCUUGAGGAAUUUUCUCAGGAGAUGGAAGGCAUGAAGUGACCAGUUGGACAAGCGAUAUUCAAUGCCGGCCCACCCUAACCAUUCGCCGCCCAUUUUAAAGAGUUCGGUCGGGGAGUACCUCUUGCUUCUUUUUCUACACAAGAGGAUCAAAUGAGAACACACGAAACAAAUAUGUAGGGUCCUAUUCGUAGGGUGGGUGAAAUGUACGGUCAAGGAUCAAACUUUCAAAAUAUGAUACGGCUGGGAAGAGCAGGCUGUGCCUCGAAACCGAUCCAUCAACACCUAACUGUAAAAUACCCAUUGAAUCUAUACAACUUUGGGCUCAUCUGCAACUUUAAAAUUUAA